AUGGAGCAGAUUGUUGCUUCAUUGGAACCUGAUAGAGGCGAAGUUCCUCCUCCGGUGGCUCCUCGAUGCGGUGGAGGAGGUGGAACAUCAGAUUUUCGAUUGGCAUCAGCAACUGCGAAUGCUGCUGAAAUCUUAUUUCCACCACUUGGAUCCUUCACUGCAUUCAGCACAGCUCCACGUGCUUUCUCGUCUUGUGCCACGUUUUUAGCCGUUUGUCUGACGAAUGGAUUCUUUGCCGCAGCGAUUGCAGCAUUUCUGACUUCUGGUUUCUUGGCUGCUUCGAAUAAAGCUUUUGCUGCUGACACUGAGAAUAUGGACUUCCAGAAGGUUUCGGCGGUGGAACAGGCGGUGGUGGCUUCAUCAUUUCUUACGAAAAGCAAUGGAGAGAAGUGGGGAAAUCCAAAGUGUUUGCCCUUCUUCAUAUUUACUCAGUUAUUGUGCCCGUUUGGUUACAAUCAAACAUCCUAG